UCUGGUUCAGUUAUAUCUGGUUCAGUUAAAUCAGAUUCAGUUAUAUCUGGUUCAGUUAUAUCUGGUUCAGUUAUAUCUGGUUCAGUUAACUCUGGUUCAGUUAUAUCUGGUUCAGUUAUAUCUGGUUCAGUUAAAUCUGGUUCAGUUAUAUCUGGUUCAGUUAUAUCUGGUUCAGUUAUAUCGGGUUCAGUUAUAUCUCGUUCAGUUAUAUCUGGUUCAGUUAUAUCUGGUUCAGUUAAAUCUGUUUCGAUUAUAACUGAACCUUUGCCUAAAAAUGAUUUUAAAAAACAUACGGUGAACAAUCGUUCUCUUUCUGUACCCUCGAACAAUGGAAUUCUCUUCCACUGCACAUUAGCAAUAUACCAACCAUCACAGCUUUGAAAUUUGCACUCAAGACACAUCUCUUUAAACAUUACUAUCCUGGCUGAUUCUUCCCUCUGACCGAUAAACGAUGCUGCUGGCUGCCGUCCAUGGCUUGACAUGUAAAUAGUUCUGGAAUAUAUGGAGUUCAUACAUUUUUUUGUUUUAUUUAAUUAAUGUAUGUUAAUUUUUUUAAGUUCAAGAUAGGUUUAUUAAACUGUACGUACAGCGUGGUGAGCCCAGCCCUAGUCGGGGGUACCGCGCUAUUAAAAACCACCACUAAUAAUAAUAAUAAUAAUAUCCCACUUAAGAAAUGUAUGCAAUCCAUACUUACUAAUAUAUGUCUCACAAAAGCCAAAUAACACACCAGGAAUGAUCAAGAGAACCCAAGAACAACAAGAACAACAAGAACAACACGAACAACAAGAACAAUGAAGUUAAAGUGUUCGUUGUUGAUUCCUGGUGUAAUCUAGACGUGCACUGAAAAGUUUUUGUUUUUUUUGAAAUUGAGCUUUUAAGUUGCCUUAAAUGACCAAAGUCCGAAACAGCCAAAGCAA